CCUUCGUGUUCGAACCACUCAUUGCAGAAUUCAGUGUCUCCAAUUCGCAAAAUGGGGUUCUUCUCAAAGGUGAUAAUGAACCAAAUUCUGGCUUUUAUAAUAUUUUCACUUUAUUUCGAGAGUGGUUUGGCGAGGGGAAGGCAUGGGAAACAUCGGGAGCGUGAUCCAAGUCAAAGUAAGGUUGUGGACAUAGGAGAGGGAGUGGAGGAUCUAGUGACGGACUUGCCGGGCCAACCGGCGGUCAAUUUCCGGCACUUCGCAGGUUACGUCCCGGUGGAUGAGACGAAUGGAAGAGCGCUCUUUUAUUGGUUUUAUGAGGCAGACACUUCUAGCCCUGAGGAGAAACCUCUUGUCCUUUGGCUUAAUGGAGGUCCUGGGUGCUCCUCUGUGGGAUAUGGUGCAACACAGGAAAUUGGACCUUUUAUAGUGGACGCUAAUGGUCAUGGACUAAAGUCCAAUCCCUACGCUUGGAACAAGGAGGCCAACAUGUUGUUCCUGGAAUCUCCUGUUGGUGUGGGCUUUUCGUACUCAAACUCAAUCAACGAUUAUGAUAUCCUGGGAGAUGACUUUACGGCGAACGAUUCUUAUAGUGUCCUCCAUGCGUGGUUCACAAAGUUCCCGUCGUAUCGAACACGGGACUUUUACAUUGCCGGAGAAAGCUAUGCAGGAAAAUAUGUGCCGGAGCUGGCUGAGCUCAUCCACGACAAGAACAAGGAUCCUUCCCUUCAUAUAAAUCUCAAGGGUAUUCUGUUAGGUAAUCCUGAAACAUCUGAUGCUGACGACUGGAUGGGACUAGUGGAUUACGCAUGGAGUCAUGCGGUGAUCUCUGAUGAAACCCACGGAGUGAUCAGAAAGACAUGUGACUUCGCCAGCAAUAAUACAUGGAGCAACAAUGAAUGCUGUGAAGCUGUGGAAGAGUUACUUCAUCAAUACAAUCAGAUCGACAUGUAUAGUCUCUAUACCCCGACGUGCAUUGGUGAUUCGGCGAGCUCGGAUAACAAGUCAUACCAAGUCAUGAUGAAACGUUCAUCAAGAAUGAUGCCCAGGAUAAUGGGUGGUUAUGACCCGUGCCUGGAUAAGUAUGCACAAGCUUUCUACAACAGGCCUGACGUUCAAAAGGCCCUCCAUGUGAGUGAUGGUCAUCAUCUCAAGAAUUGGAGCAUUUGCAACUUUAAAAUAUUCCACGACUGGAAAGACUCCAAGCCAUCUGUUAUUCCAAUAUACAAGAAGCUUAUUGCGGCAGGGCUUAGAAUUUGGGUCUACAGUGGGGACACAGAUGGAAGAGUCCCAGUGCUGUCCACUAGAUACAGCUUAAGUUCUUUGGGUUUGCCUAUCACCAAGGCUUGGAGGCCCUGGUAUCACCAAAAGCAGGUGAGCGGUUGGUAUCAAGAGUACGAGGGACUGACAUUUGCGACGUUCAGAGGGGCUGGUCAUGCCGUGCCGGUCUUCAAACCAAGUGAUUCGCUCGUGUUCUUCUCUUCUUUCCUCAACGCACAAGAUCUUCCAUCUGCUCGUUGAGGAAACAGCAAGGAAAAGAAGACAAAAGAGAAGAGUCUUUCAUAUGAACUCAGUGUACGAAAUAGUCAAGGGCUACAUAUAGCAGGAAGAGCUAAAGUAGGAGAAUAAAUAGGGUUUGGACUUUCAGUUUUGGCAGCAGUGGAUUUGGAGAAAAGUUAUUGCAGUUCUACUCUUCUUUCAGUCUUAAGAGGCGGUCUUAGUCUAAUUGAAAUGUGAUAAAUUCAAAUGGAAAACCUCAAUCUUCGAUAUGAUUCAGUAGAAGUUAAUGAAUUCCUAGAUCAAA